AUGUCUACCGCCCAUGGCUUCGAGCUGCCGACAUCGUCGAUGGCGACGUUGUCGACGGCAGCCGCUCUCAGCAACUCCUCAGGCACCAGCAACGGAAGUUCUAACAAAGCUUCUGCGCCUGCUACAACCUCGAGUGCAGCUGCAGCCGCUGCCGCUUUGUUGCCCGCACGUCGGCCACGGCACCAAAUCACCCGAUCCAUCACCGAGUUCUCGCCGCCGCUCAGGAUGCACCGACACCGGCAUAGUCACCACCACCACCCGACACACCACCAACAUCACCACCAGCGCAAGGAGAGCAGCAAGUUCCUGUUCCCCGACGACAGGUCCACCGGGCAUUCAGUGGCUGAUAGGGGUCUUAUAGUAGGGAGGAGCUCGCUCGACAUGACGAGAUCAGAGUUUGCGACGCCAAGCAGGAGCCCGGACGACAGCAGACGGACGAGCGCGCUUGUUGGGCCGAUGAUUGGGGGUGGAGAGAACCCGCUGGCUAUCACACCGCCCAGGGGGAAGGUCAAGAAGGUUGACAAUGCUGCUGCUUUGAUGGAGGAGAAGGAGAGGACCGCCAGCCGAGUAACCGGCUUGAAGAAAUCUCUUGUCGACCUCAGUAGCUUCUCGACGGCAACAACUCGGCGCCUUGACGAGACGUACUAUUCGGUCCUCGAGAAGAAGAGCAUGCUCCAGAGCACUAUCUCAGUGAUUAAAGAGCUCGCGGUGGCCUCGCGGCGGAUGACGAGCGAGUUUAAGCGCGAGGCCGGAGAAAUGGUGCGAGAAGUCGACGGGCAACUGGCUACGUUUGGGCAGUUUAACGAGCAGGAGUCUCGCAUCAAGACAUUGCAGGGCAGGAUCGAGACGGGGAGGACGCGGAUUCAGGGGCUCAGCGAGCGGGUAGACCUCGUGAGAAGACGGAUCGAGGGAUGGGAACGAGCGGACCGCGAGUGGCAGGAGAAGACCCGCAAAAGAUUGCGCAUCGUUUGGAUCGUCAUGUCCGUUCUGUUUGCUGUCUUGAUUCUGUUGUUUGCGGGCGCCCAAUAUGCUCAACAGGCUGGCGGGGUCGGUCUCGAAGUUGCGGCGGACAGGGGGUUGAAGACUGUUGGGAAGGGCAUAAAUCAGAGCGCGAAGAGUCUAGGAAUAGUGAAGAAGACGGAAACUGCUAAGGAGGGUCCGGUGCCGCCUCUGUGGGAGGGUAGGCCUGGAAGAGAGGACGGGGACCAGCUUAGGGUUUUUGACGAGUUGUAA